CCGUGAUCAAUCUCUCUCACAGUUGUCCUUCCGUCGCAGCUUUCGCUUCUAUACAUCUUCUCACUCCUCUGCAAUAGGAAAAUAUGGGCUACUCAGAAAAGCUUUGUCGUCUUUGUGGCGUCUCUUUUAACAUUGGUCGUCGCCGUCUACGCUCUGAGCCGGCCUGGAUGGGUUGGGAGUGUACUGGGGACGGGAAAGUAGUAGGUUGCCAGCUCGGGAAGGGGAGAGAUCCAGAUACGUGCGUAGACGAUGGCGAUUCUGAUGACGAACAAGAUGGGAUGAUUGACAAUCAUGUAUCUGGAAGUGGCGAUGUGUGUGAAGACAUGUACGGAGUCGAUAUCGGAUUAUCUAAUGCAGAGGUCGAGGAGUUUUUGGAAGGCGAGGACGACGAAGACUACCAAUACGAAGAGUCGGAUCGGGAAGAAAUACUUGAAUUUGAGUCCGACGACGGAUUCCUGGACGCAGAAGAGCUUGACCAAAUGGACAUCGACCCCGGCGCGGAGGACGAUACUUUCCAUAUAUUCAAGCAUGCAAUUUUGUCCUUGCCGGAGCCUGGGACCGAGAAAAAGGGCCCGACACCAAAGCACAAUUGUUUCCGUGGGAUAGGAUACAAUGGCAAACAUAUCACGGCAGAAGAGAUGAGGGGCUGUAAUACGGCACAAUGUCUGCUCAGCAAAUUUCACCACAGCGCUACGACUAAAGCACCCGACGAUCAAGACUUUGAGCGCGAAAGCUCUUUUUGUCUGUCAGGACUCUGUGGGCAGGUUUGCUCCAGAGACUGCGGUGGUGAGGAAUUCGUACCUGAUCGUCAUGGAGUGGCCAACGCAUUCGUGGAUAGUUGGAGUAUCGACAACAGAGAAACUGCCGUUCCAUUCCAUCCCACGUGCUUCGACAUCUUCUCCCGCUUGUCGCGGAAGCGCUUCGGUUAUAUUAAUGUAGAGGCGCUCGGAAACUGGAUAUUUGACCCCGACAACUGCACCAAUGGCGAUGAUGUCGACCAUGUUAGCAGCGACCCCAAUGUCCAGUUGAGCUCCCACCAGUUCUGGGAUCAUCGAGACGGGUGCGAAUACCUCAGUGCGAACCCUCUGAUAAUUCCCCGUCUUGCGCCCAUUCUGCAGGCUGCCAUUGAGGAAGCUGAGAACUUCAACCCGCAAAAUGGGGCAUUUGCUAUUGCUGGUUACGAAGGUGCUGGUGAUGUGUUCAGCAGCCUUCCGCUCGAAUUGCGGCUUCAGACCCUGUCCUACCUCGGUUCCUCAGACAUUGCGAAUCUACGUCUUGCUUCGCGUACCUUUCGCCAACUGCCAAUUCUGCUUUGGCGCGACCUCCUAAUGAAGGAGAUGCCGUAUCUCUGGGAGGUAUGGAGUGACGACCUUCCGUUCAUUUGGGCAACAGUCCAGUUCGAGGACGUCGUCAAGCAUGAGAAAGAAGAAGAGGAAGUCAGGAUGUGGCGCGACCGGGCAGAAGCAAUCAUCCGAGAUAAGCUUCCCGAGAUCGUGGGUGCUUGGAGAACAGAUCUGGACGAGUUUUUGUCACAAGUGGACAACAAUUUCCUAGAGAAAGGACGUACUGAUGCGUUGAAGAAGAUAGUAACGGGGCUACCAGUAAGGAACACGAAUUGGUACAAGGUUUACACCGGGAUCACGAGGAACUGGAAGGACUUGAAGGGUUUGCAUAACCGAAGGAGGAUUUGGGAGGAUAUCGGGGCGAUUGUGGAGAAGCUAGUAUAAGUUGCCUACUUGAUUUGGGAUCGCGAAACAAGUGCUUCAACCACAUUUCCAACCUACAACUACAUGUUCAGCCCCCUCCUCAUCCACACAGACCACCAACACUGACGUCUCCUAAUCAGGUUGGCCAAUCCUCGUCCCGAUCUUGUCAUUUUGAUCGAGGCUCACUGCGUGCGCAAUCCAACCACUGAAAAUUCUCGAAAGCACCAGUGCCUAAGACAGACUUAUAGUCGAGCAGCACCAGUUUGUCAGCUUUAAAAC